CUUUAGCGGUAGAUCCGGAUCAUAGAGUUGGCACCUUGUGGCGAGAGAGGCCCUGUAAGCGGCGGCACUUCCGGGUGGUGUUGGAAGUGUCUAUGUGGGUGUAGGGUCAUUCGGUUGGCUGGAGCGGACAGCGGAACCCGGUGCACAAGCGGAGACCUCGGGGAGGUACAGCCGGUAUUCGCAGAUAUGUCUGACAACUCAAGUGAUACAACACCUAAUGAUGCCACAUUACCUGAUCCUGAAGAUGUUGUUUCUGACCCUGAGGACAUCACAAUGGCCCAAGAUUCACCCAGAAGUGCUGCUGCCGAAAUUUCUGUAACCAGCAAUGGCGAUUUUGACGAAAAUGUAGAGCACAGUUUUAAUAUGGACCUAAAGCGAUCAGUGCCAGUAGGACUUGGCCUUUCAGAAACGCACAUUACUUCCCAUGGCUUUGAAGGCACUAAUGAAGGGAUCGUAGAAGCUGGACCCUUUCAGGGAUCCUUCUCCACACCCAGGUCUCCAGUCGUUUCUCCCAGCAGCGCAGCAGCCAGCAGACUGGCUGGACAAGAAGAUGAUUUAGUUGUUCCGUCAGGUGAAAGGCAAAGGGUACAACAGAGAAGUGGCCCAGUUGUCCUCGCAGAAGAACCAAGAAAUACAGCUAUUGAAAAGUUUGAACUAGUAAGAAGAUGGAGCUUAAAUACAUACAAGUGCACCCGGCAGAUUCUCUCCGAGAAGCUAGGACGUGGCUCAAGAACUGUAGACCUGGAAUUAGAAGCACAGAUAGAAAUUCUGAGAGACAACAAAAAGAAGUAUGAACAUGUUUUAAAGCUGGCUCAGACACUCUCCUCACAGCUAUAUCAGAUGGUGCAGACCCAGAGACAACUGGGAGAUGCCUUUGCAGACCUCAGCUUAAAGUCUUUAGAGUUACAUGAAGAGUUUGGAUACAAUGCAGACACUCAGAAACUUCUUGCCAAGAAUGGAGAAACGCUUCUGGGGGCCAUCAACUUUUUUAUUUCCAGUGUAAAUACUCUAGUUAACAAGACAAUUGAAGACACCCUUAUUACUGUCAAACAGUAUGAGACAGCCAGGAUUGAGUAUGAUGCCUACCGCACAGAUUUGGAGGAACUAAACCUGGGACCACGGGAUGCCACCACAAUGUCAAAGAUUGAGCAGUCACAGCAGAUGUUCCAGACUCACAAAGAAAAGUAUGACAAGAUGAGGAAUGAUGUCUCUGUCAAACUGAAGUUUCUAGAGGAGAACAAGGUUAAAGUUCUUCACAAUCAGCUUGUCUUGUUCCACAAUGCAAUUGCUGCCUACUUUGCCGGAAACCAGAAGCAGCUUGAACAAACAUUGAAGCAGUUCCACGUUAAAUUGAAAACCCCCGGAGUGGAUGCUCCAUCCUGGCUCGAAGAGCAGUAGUUUAACCAGAAAAAAAAGGCAAUCUGUGAUCAGGACCAAUGCAUUACAUUUGAUGAAAGGGGCUGGAAUUAAACAAUUAUCUUAAUGAUUUCUAUACACAGACCAAUGGGAGUUUUUAAUACUCUUAUCAGGUUGUUAUUGGUGAAACAGGACUUUAUGUAAAUGUCUAUUCUGUAACUUUAUUAAAGUCUGUUUCUUUUUGUAUGGAGACAGCAGGAUCUUUCAUUAGGAGAAAUAAAAAAUGUACUUUUGCACUGUAAGGCAGGGCUCCAUACAUAUAUUUUUGUCAUGUGAUUCAGCUUAGAGUGGUAUUUUUAUUUCACAAAUUUGUGUAUUUUUAUGCUACUCCAAAGUUCCUCAAAAAGAAAACUAUUUAUGGCAAAUGAACAUGGAAUAACGGUUAAGCAUUUGUGUUACGCACAAGUUGCAUGAGAUUAGCAAAGUAGAAAUUGUAGCUGCUACAAAGAGCCACAAGAAAAGUUUGUAUGCACCCCUUGCCUUACAAAGAGAAAAGAUUGCACAGUUUGUGCUUCAUGAAUGUAGCUAUCUUGAGUGUUUUUGAUGGUUUUCACUGAUUUUUAUAUUUACAUCUAUUAAACAUUCUGAGAAGGGUCACUUUAAUGUAAAAGUUUUUUUUCUGUUAUAUUGCAGAGAAUGGUUAUAAAACAUUAGGUCAGCCUCCUCAGAUUGUUCUCUUAUAUAAUCAUUGUGAAACAGUGGCAUUAAAGAAUGCCUGUAAGACUGAUUAAUGGUCUCUCCUAAUGUGCGUAGUAUAUAUUGUAAUGAGAUGAGUGAUCCCUUCAUGAGUCUACCUAAUGCCCAAUGUAGCUGAGGUAUCAACCUGCCCCUUCAAAUCCCUGCUGUGUCACCCCCUAUGCAGUAGGGUAUUUAUUCUUUAACUUUUAUGUUGCAACAUAUUGUACAUUUGUUAAUGGAUGAUGGACAGACCAGACAUGUUGAACUAUUUGUCUACUUCCAAAAUGACUGCCAUUGAUUGCUAAGCAUAUUAUAAUACAUUUAUUGCAGCCCAUUACAAAUAUAUUCAGCUGGACGUGUGGCCGGUGUGACCCAAACUGCCACUGUAAAACAGAUACUAAUAAAUAACCUCAUCAGCCUGCGCAUACCCACCGCAUCCACUAGAUUGUACUGACAUUUAUUACAGGCAUCAGUGCACUUUUCAGAAUGUCACUUCUCUCAUAUUACCAAGGCAGAGAGGAGGUAGCAUGAAGCAUUGGAAUUGAUUGUUCAUAAUAAGAUUAAAAAAAGAAACUCAUCAAUGACAUGUCUCUGAUAAGGCAGCUCAGCCCCAUUCCCCUUAAUAGGAAUAAACUGCAAUAACCAGACAGAUCUCCUAAACAAGAGUGGUGCUGUACUUUUUUUUAUAUCUUGGGCCAAUCCCAUGAUAUAUAUAAUAUCCAUCACCUGUAGUCAGCCGAAUCCUUGAUUCCUAUCACUUUCCAGGGCUGUGUAAAGUCCUCAAAGCUUACUUCACUGUCUACAUAGUGGUAGCAGGGUGGAGAUUAUUAAAGGGGCUCAGUGUAAUUAUCACAUAAUUCCUAUAUUUCCAAGAGGGGCAGUAUACCUGUCCCAGACCCUCUUCUGUCCACACCUUUUACUACAGGAAAAGUCUUGGCAUAUGUGCUGCCCCCUUAUCAUUGCUAUAUUUGACCUUUAUGAUAACAAAAUUAGAUGUCUGUCUGGACAAGCCCUGACCUAAAGAUUACACCCUCCGCUCAGUUUGAGGAUUGCUUAGCACUUCAGGUUUAGCUGUUCCUGUAAUUAAAAUUUCUUUCUGAAAGUAAUCCUUAAUCAUUACCCAAGGGUACAAUGCAUGCUGUCAUCAGAGUGUAAAGUACAAUAUAUGUGCGCAAUUGCUACAAAGUGUUGAACAAGCAGACGGUUUGCAUGGAGAAACACUUAUAAUUCCAUCCUUUCACAUAACUUGUAUUAGUUAGAAGAGGGAUCCCUGUGCCUUAAGGCUCCAAAUUGCACUCCAGUAUCACCCCAUAUAAUAGCUUUUCUGUUCUACUUUUUUCUUGGACCUUGAUCAACCAAAAAUAUGUGCCUGUGCUACAAGAUAAAGAUGUGUCAUGGUAAAGGGGAUAUUUUCUAUAAAAACCAUAUUGGCCUUAAUUCGCAACUAUGUGCCUUUUACGCUAUAUUACCAGGUUGUUUAUCAACUGGACUUUUAGAUGAUGAUUUCCUGUUUCUUUCCUCUUUUAGUGUGAAACGAUCUAUAAGUGCACUAUUAAUGCUUGUCCAGGCCCAAAUUGCUAGCUACAAUACCAGUAGACGCUGGUUAGUCAUACCUUCUCAUUGGAUUAAUCCAUUCUUCUUGUUGGUAAUGGAUUGGUUUUUUUUUUAAUGUAUGUUCCUCACUUGGAGAAGCUGCAUUCCUUUGUGUUUUAUUUUAAGUAUAUCUUACACAAAUUGACUUUAUUUACAGUAUUUACUCUAUUAAAUAAAUUGUGUGAUCUGUGUAUCAUAUGUUAAAUAGUCCUACGAUGCAUUAGUUCUGAUGGUUAUUAGUGUCUAUUUGCAUUAUGUAUGUGAUCUUUUCACUGUAUGAUAUAUUUUCUAUUCUUGAAUACUCCUAUUGUAAUAGAUUAUUAUUAACCCUACUAUUGGCUCUGUGUGAACUUUAUGAGUGUAGUGAUGGUGAAGUACCUCCAUUUUCACAUGCUGGAUGGACACACCAAUUUUCACUCAUUACAAAUACAAAGGUUUGUGAAAUGUAAUUUGGUGACUAGCAAAGCCCAUCAUUUCCUUUAUAAUUUUAAAGGAAACCUAUCACAUUGAAAAAGCAGCUCAAUCUGUAGGCAUCCAGUUAUAGAGCUAAAGGAGCUGAGCAGAUUAAUCAGAUUUUGGGAAAAGGUUUAGUGAUUGACAGCUAUCUGUGUACAAGUGUGCAUAUAGAGAGAGCUGUCAGUCACUGAUAUACAGCAUUCUUCAGAUACUCUGCAUUUUCAACUUUAUUUUCAGCACUUUAUAUGGGCUUGAUAGGUACAGUACAUUUUGUUACUAUAUCAAUAACAUGCAAAUGUGUGAUCUCUAGGAAAAUGCAUGAAGUCAUGGAAAAACAGUAACAAUCUACACAUCGUUUUAUUACCCAAAGUAAACAGUAACAUGUCCACUGUCAAUUUGCAAAUGAAUAUUCUAAUUUCAAGACCGACAAACUACACAUGAAAUAUAUAUAUAUAUAAGCGUACAUGCUAAAUCCACUGCGCUCAAUAAUCCUAGGGUAUACUGGUAUGAACACAGAAGUAAAAUUGGUGUUUACGGUUGUUUUGCAGGGAGUGUGACCAGUGCAUUUUAGGUGUAAAUUAAUACCUUACAGCAAGAGGUCUGAACUCCUGGUGAAACUAGUUGUAGUGAUGAGAAUACUUGUCUAAAGGAGCUGGUUUCAUUCCCUGAGAUAUGCAAAUGUCCUUAUGUGUGAGAAUUUGCAAGACAUGAGCCACUCCCAAACCCACUGGUAGUUUCACCCACAUUAACCCUGAUUUUGCCUCAUUUCCUUUAACAAGGUGAAUAGAAAGGAACUUAAAAAAAGAAAAG